AUGCCAUGGUAUGCGAUCAACACAUCCAUCUUGAUUCCAAGCCUAAGAGCGCGUAUACCUGAAGUUAAGCAAUUAUGGCUGGUUGAUGACUCGGCAGGAGGCAGCCUAAUGGAACUGUUAUACAACUGGUAUAAACUUUUUAGUCAAGAGGGAAAGAAAUUUGGCUACCUAAUCAAUGGCUCAAAAAGUUGGCUAAUGGUAAACCCAGGUAGUACAGACACAAGAUCUAGCAGACGAGGCCGAGUUGAUGUUUGAAAAGGAGGUCAGAAUUAUAACAACAGAAGGUCAACGACACCUAGGAACAGUCACUGGAUCACAGGAAUACAAAGACCAAUGAUGUAAUGGAAAAGUAAAGGGUUGGAGGGAAAACAUCGAGUUGCUGGCUGAGAUUGUAAAGAGUCAACCACAUGCCGCCUACGUCGCCUUCAUAAAGGGCUACAAAUAGAAAAAUCCAUAUUUUAUGCGUACAACUGAGUCUUUUAAAGACUAUAUGGAACCAAGUGAGGAAGCGAUCAAUGAUAUUUUCCUUCCAGUUCUUUUUCGCCAGACGGAGCCCCUCCCUGAUGAGUUGCGAGAACUAUUUGCCCUGGGGGUCUGGGUAUACCAGACCUGA